GUUCCAAUACGUCAGCUCGUCCCGUCCGCUCGGUGAAGAUGUCUGCGACGGGCUCAGGCGGCUGUGGACCCGGACCCGCCUCGGGCGCCGGCUCCGGGGCGUCCAACCCGCGAAAGUUCAGCGAGAAGAUAGCACUGCACACCCAGCGGCAGGCCGAGGAGACGGCCGCCUUCCAGGAGGUCAUGAUGGACAUCACUUCGACCAGGCUCCAGGCCCAGAAGCUCCGCCUUGCCAGGAGUCAGGGGCCGUACUACGGCGGCUCAUUACCAAACGUGAACCAGAUCGGCAGGACCCCUCAGGACUUCCAGGGCUCCUUCCCGUCCACGCUGGAGUCCAGUCGGGCGACGCGGCAUCACGGGCUGGUGGAGCGAGUGCAGAGGGACCGCCGCUUCGUCUCGCCGGUCCGACCAUAUCGCAAAAUGGACAGCUCCCCGUACAGCCCCGCCUACCUGUCGCCGCCACCCGACCCCAGCUGGAGAAGGAAUUGGUCUGGAAACUUCCCCGGGGAUAAAAGCCAGUUGUUUCGUCUCCCCACCACUGCACUCAACAGGACCAACUCCGACUCAGCGCUCCACACCAGUGUGAUGAACCCGCCCUCCGGAGACCCGUUCAGCACUGGCGGACCCACGCUCGCCCUCCAGAACGCCAGAAUGGGCGGUCAGAGCGACGGAGAGGGCAGAAGAAUGUUUCCGUAUCCUGUCCCGCCCAUCGAGGAGAACGUGUUGGACGAGGGGAAGCUGAUGAAACCCUGGGACACCAAGAAGCUGCCGUUGUUGUCAUCCCGGCCGAAGUCCUGCGAAGUUCCCGGCAUCAAUAUCUUCACUUCCCCGGAGCAGCCGUCCACGCCGGCUCAUGGUGUUCCCUCGGCGCUGAACACUGGCGGCUCGCUGCCUGACCUCUCCAGCCUCCACUUCCCCUCUCCACUGCCCACGCCACUGGACCAGGACGAACCGGGUUUCCUGGGGUCGUCCUCUUUGAGUGGUGGCAGCAGCACGGGGAACCUGGCCUCCACCCUCACCCAGCUGGGGAUCAACGCCGCCAACGCGCAAGGAGGAAACGGCAGCUUCCACCACCCACCAGGACUCCUGGCAUCGUUACAGAGCACGCUCGGUAACCCCUCCCUGCAGUCAUCGCUAAGCAACCCCAACAUCCAGUCAUCACUCAGCAGCCACUCCUUCUCCAACUCCCUUAGCUCCGCCUCCCUGCACUCAUCGCUCAGCAACCCCUCGCUGCAGUCGUCCCUGAGCUCCUCGCCAUCGCUGCCGUCCUCCCUCAGCAGCCAAUCGCUGCACUCGUCUCUCAGUAACUCCUCCCUCCAGUCUGCUUCCAGCGGUAACCCUGGUUACAGCAGCGGCGUGGGCGGCUCUGGCUCCUGCUCCUCCUCCUACUCGCCACUGAUGAGUGGGCAGGCCCAGCCGCCGCCGCAGCUCAGCACGUCGCCGCGCCGCCGCGUCCAGCUGUCCCCGCUCAUCCUGCCAAUGGGUGGCGACUCACGGCGGCAUCACUCCAAACAGUUCUCCCCGACUAUCUCACCCACGCUGUCCUCCAUCACACAGGGCGUCCCGUUGGACACCAGCAGGCUUCCUCUGGACCAGCGGCUGCCUCCGUACCCGCUCAGCCAGUCCCACCAGCACCAGCCCGCCGCGCAGCAAACGACGCUGCCUCAGCACCACCACCAGCCGCCGCUCCGCCUCCAGCAGCCGCGGCCCAGCAGCCAGCAGCAGCUCCACCUGCAGAACAUGCGGAACCAGCACCUGCAGCAGCACUUCGGAGCGCAGCAGAGGCCGAUGGGACCGCAGAUGAGCGUGGCGCCGCCUGUGAAGAGCGAGGGCGUGCCGGAGCAGUGCGUCCAGACCUCGUCCUCACUCUGCCACGCCAAACAGGAAGCGGAGCAGCAGAGAGCCGGCCUCCAUCAGCACCAGCAGCACGCCGGCCACAGCCUCCCCGCCGACAUCUACAACGAUGCCUUGCUCAGCUCUCUGCUGGACGACCCCUACCUGAGCCUGCAGCUCACCGGCAGAUCUGAGCAGCAGUUCGCCACAGAGACGCAGGCCGACAUGCUGUCCCUGAACCACGGCGGUCUGAGCUGCAGCGCAGACAAGAACCAGUUCCCCUCCAACAGCCAGGGGGCGCUAGACCUGCAGGACCUCAGUGACCAGCAGCUCCUCAACAAUCAGAACCAGAACUUCAGCGGCGGCGACGGACGCCAUAACGUGCCCAACAUCAUCCUCACAGGCGACUCUCCGACGGGCCUGUCCAAAGAGAUCGCCAGCGCGCUGUCCAACGUCCCCGGCUUUGAGAUGGACUCCUUCUCGCUGGACGACCAGCUGCGGAUGGACCCGCUGUCCCUGGACAUGCUGGAGGGCAACCUGAUGCUGGCCGACCCGGCCGUGGAGGACUCCUUCCGCUCGGACCGGCUCAAGUGACGCCGCCGACGCUCCGGGAACGGCGCCCGCACCUGGCGAGGACUCCGCCCUUCCGUCGCUCCCCCACAGCCGGUCUGUCGAGCGAGCUUUGGAAGAAGGCGCCUUCGUCGAUGAAGGAGCUGAGAUCGGUGUGGGGGGAGGGAUAAACUGAAGGAGGCGGAGCCUCACUGUCAAUGGCACUUAAACUGAAAACGCUCUCGCUUGCUUGAAGUCAGAAACUGCUGCAGAUUUCUGACCACUCCCCGCCCACGCCCGCCGUCAUGAUGGCGUCACGCCACAGGAGCGGAGGCGUGAGAGCGGCGUGGAAGCCACUUUCUGCUCCGACAGCUACUUUAACAGGAACUUAGCCAUGACCCCUGACCCCUGACCCUGCGUGCUGCUUCUGCGCGGGCUGCUCCACUUUUAUGCAGAACUCAUUUUGACGUGUGAGCAUGCUCGGACCCGCCCACCUUUACGUUGCCUCUGACUGGACACGAGCGUCGACCUACAGCAGCUGAGCGUUGCCGUGGUCACGCGGGGCACUUCGAGCUUUCUCCCGCCGAGGCUCGUCAGGAGAACACGCCCCUCAGCUGGAGAACUGCCGUGGCUACACGAGGAAUGGACACACCCACCUCGGCGUCACCUGUAGGUCAGAGACGUCCCGCUUCGGCGCUGUGAGUCGACGCGUCCCGUGUCAUCACACGAUCUGCUCUUCGGCUUCUCUGUGCGAGUGUCAGCUGAUCUGAAGGCGGAGCAUCGACGGCGCUUUGACCAGCUGACGUCUGUCUGUUACAUCCACAUUCCCGCCGCCUGCAGAUCGUCAGCUGACCUUUGAACCCAAAGCGAUGCUUUUCAAAGAGGAGCGCGAGCCUUCCUCCUCCUCCUCCUCCUCGUGUGUUUUUAUGAACUCGAGUAUAAAGAUUUUAUUUUUGUAAAUAACUCAGAUAUAAAAAUCAUAUUUAAGAAGAAAACGUUUAGCUCGCCGCCGUCGUGAGAUCAGCCCGCACGUCCGCCUGACUGCUUGAACGUCGGAGCUCGUCUUCGACGCCUUCGUCUCGAUGCGCUCACCCAGGAUGGCGAGGUCCCAGCAGAGUCCAGCCCCGCCUUAAAACAAAUGAGCGCGUUAUCAACACGUGAUUGUGAUCAGAGCCUGACAGGAAGCAGCACGACCACAAAAUAUUUUUCUGUUUUAAACAGAUUUUAUUUUAUUCUGAAAAUAUUUGAAUGAAUUUAAAUUUACGGAAGUUUCACUAGGAGCAAAAAACAAAAGUUAUUUUUAAAUGUUUCACAUCAUAACCAAAUAAAGAGAUUAUUAGUUAAUGACAGCAGAAAAAAUAAUUUAUGAUCCUGAAAGGAUCAAUGUUUUUAUAUUUAAAGAUAAAAUACUCUAUCAUGGCCCUGACGGGCUGCCGUAGGAAUCAAAAUCCUUCCUGUUUCAGCCUGGAAGGUUUUGGGAAACCUUGAAUCCAAAGCAAGCGUGUUGGGGGAGGAGCUUCAGAGCAGCCUUGCUGGUUUCAGGAGGUCGGGAGGCGACGAAGGUGAGGAAGAGCAGUGGACUGGAGGUUCAGGUGUAUCUGCUGCCCCCUGCAGGUCGCUCACAAGAUGAAGGUCACAGUCGAGGACGGGAAAAACGAAGCUGAUCUCUGAGGACCUGCAGACAAGCUCCUCCCACCUCAGCCCGGCCAUCAGGAGCAGCAGCCGCUCCAGUCGUUGAUCGAUUGACCUCCUUGUCCUUCAGGCUCAGCGACCCGAGACGAGAGGUCAACUUCGUCUUCAGCUUUCGCUCCGUCGAUCAAUACCUGAUCAGCUCAUUGAUCGCCACCUGAUCUGAUCAAUAUGUUCACACCGACAAGCUGCCGUAGAGCAGCCAAUAAAAAUGCACCGCACUUCACGUCAUCACAAGCGUCAGCCAAUCAGGUCACGUCAUGAAAAACCCGAGAAGUCAAAGUGCUGCACACGAGACGUGUGACCUUUGCACCUCCUCCUGGAGGAGGCGCGGCGGCGCCCUCGGGUCGCGGCGGCGCCUGUGUCAGGACCACCGCAGGUACAGAAAGAUUAAAAAGCUCGAAUAUUUUCUGAGAUUAAAGUCGUAAUUUUAUUAAAAAGCUUUUUCUACUUUUUGAAUCUGAAUAUUACAAAUAUAUAAAUAUAAAUUUCACAGGUUUAAAUCUGAAAUAUUUCUUCUUCUAGUUUUCAUUUAACAAUUAUCAAUGACUCGUUUUAAAAGCAUUUCCUGUUCCAGGCUGUAAAGUUCUGACCUCCACUCUCACUCCAAAUGCUAAGGCCUGAUUGGUCAGCGUUUGGAAGCCUGCAGAGGGGCAGCACCUGCAUGCUGGGAGCAGAUGACCAUAUAAGGACGUCUGUGCCGAGGCGACGUCACAGAGGCAGAAAAAAGUUUUAAAGAAAAGCUCAGAGGUGACUUUAGUGUUUAUAGCUGAAGCUUUGAUCAUGUGACACGUUGACAGUGGCGUAACGUUAAUCCUCCGUCCUUCCUUCUUUCGUUUCCUUCGCCCGUGUCGCCGUUCGCACCACGAAUACAAAUAAAAAUAUGAAAUAUUUUAUUAAAAGUUUCUUUGGUGGAAUCGGCGACGCCUUCGUGUUCAGCAGCAGCGUUUCUUCUUUCUUCUUCUGUUAGAAUAAAACCAAAACGCGUUCGAUCAAACGGACGGAGAAGCUUCGUGCGGCGAUCCUGGAACAAAAUCGUGUUUUACUUCCUGUUUAAUGUUUUUUCCUUUCAUACGACGUUCAGUAGGUCAAAAAGUUCAAAACUGAGGAAGAAAUCCCAGAAUUCACGUGUGUGUGUGUGUGUGUGUGCGUGUGUGUGCGCGUGCGUGUGUGAGACUGUUUUCUUGUUAUGCAAUAACUGUGCAGAGUAAGCCUGCAGUUCCAGUCUCUGCCAGUGGAGGGCGCUGCUGACCUGUGUGUGGAUUAGGGAUCAGUUUAAGGCCAUAUUUCAUAUUUUUCAUAUUUUUUAUUGAUGUGAUAUUAAUUUCUCUCAUUAAUGUUUAUAGUUUUUUUUCAUGUUUUUUAGACUCCAGAGUUAAAAAACAAGAACAGCUGAGCGCUCUGCGUCUGUCGCUUCAUGUUUGAAUAAUAAAGUUUGUUGCUAUUGAGAUUUUUAUUGUCAUAACCAGGGAACGUUGAGUGCUGUACAUAUGAAAACGUUUUGAACCCAGAGGUGUUUUUAAAGCGCAGCGGCUGGAGGUUCACCGUGUUUUACAGAAAAUAAAGAAAUAAAGCUGAAACUGAAA